GAUAAGAAAUAUUACAGUAUUUGCAAUUAGAACUUUGAUAUGUCUCCUUUACAGUACUUUUGUUUAAUCUUGAAUUUUGCUUCAUUGGUGGCAGACUUUAUUAACCUUUCAUCGGUCAACACAAAACUAACUCCGGAUGAUUUUAACGUUCGGGAACUUCUUAAACGCGUUGAUGACCUUGAGGAUUUCAGUAAACAACAAAUGCAAAUGCUUAACGAAUUUCAGCGAUAUCACAAAAAACAAAUAGGUCUCCUCAAUGAACAACUGCUGAAUCAAAAGGAUGAGAUAGCUGCCUUGCGCAAGAAAAGAAAUCAUCAAGAUCGUUUUAUCCUACAACUGAUUCGACGUGUAAAACAUAUGGAAAUGUCACAGAAAAGUGUCCUUGAUAAAACAAAACAGAUGACUGAAGAAACACCAGUCAACAGAAUUCAGCAGACGAAGGAUAAUGAAUUAACUGUUGCGUUUACCGCUGGUCUUAGUAAGAGUGUGGACAAUUUAGGAGCUCACCAGAACAUACCAUUUGACCACGUAGAAACAAAUAUUGGAAAUGGCUAUAAUCCUCAUGAAGGCGUUUUUACUGCACCGGUAUCAGGUCUCUAUGUUUUUCACACUUCAAUCUUUGUUGAUCGAAAUCAGGAAGUGUUUGGUGAAUUGGUAGUAAAUGGACUGAUCAAGGCAUCUGCUUAUGCACGUAGUACGGAUGGUAGGUAUGAUCAAGGAAGUCAAACAUUAGUCAUUCAGAUUCAACAAGGGGAUGUUGUGGCUGUCCAAAAUCUUAUAGUCAAAAGCGAGUUAUUUGGUGAUCCUUAUAUUUAUUCAACUUUCAGCGGAUUUCUUCUUCAGCAAGGACUAGGCACUAGUGUCAUUACUGUCUAAAUAAAAUAUGAUGUAGAUUUAAAUGGGAAUUAAAAAUAAAACAAAAAUGUAAUAUUUGUCAUCUUACACGGGGUGUAGCUGUUUGAAUAAAUAUAAAACAAGCGUAUUCAUUUAAUCGAUUAAAAUGUUUAAAGACCAAAUCAUCACCUCGGAACAGUAGCGGGUUAACUCUAUUAUCUUUUUUAGUAAGACCGUUACUGUACUAAGAUGGCGUUAUGUCCCAGAAAUACUUUUUAUGUUUAUUUCUCAAAAGCUUGUUAGUUUUGGUGUUCUUUAUAGUUUUAUUGGCUAAAUAACAUAUGUAUUAGUACAGAUAUAGUAUUUUGUAUGGAAUUCAAACUGCUAUUUUUUAUAUUCCACAUGUAUGGGUAGUUAUUUCACAAUCAGCCUACUUUAAAAAGGCAGAAAGUACCUAACAGUCUCUAAUCCAUUGUUUUGAUCGUUAAAAACACUGUUAUCCAACAAAUUUCUGUUAUAUUUGCGUGCAAAUAUAGAUUUGCUAAGUAUUACUUUUUACAAUUUAAUACAGAGAUUUUGCGAGCUUCUGUAACUUGAUUUCUUACCUUAUUUGCUUCAAAUUUUAGUAAUAUAUAGUGGAAGUUUUGAUAUCUAGAUAUUAGUAUAUCAAAUACAAUAUUCAAUAUUUCAUGUUAUUUAGCAUUAAAUGUUAUUCAAAUAGACAUAAAAUAAAUUUUGG